GGAGUUGAGUGAGAGAGCGGAAAGCGAAAUCACUCGGAAAUUCCUUCGAGAGAGACGACCGGACGCGACUUUUCACGAGAAUCACACGUGUAUACACUCACGUAUAUACAUUCGCACGAACGCGCAUGGUACCGCGCAUAAUAAUUAGGCCAGCAUUAAAACGCGAAUUAAAAAAAACGGAGUCACUAAUUAAAGCUCGACGAUCGAGCGAGACGAUCUGCACGUCUUUGGCAAAUCGGCGGCGAAUCGGUUCGAGUACGGAAGCGAAAGUAAUGAAAAAAAUGAUCGUUUAUGUCCCGGGCAGAAUGCCAACUCACGUUGGUCCCUACGGCGCCGCUCGUUACCCGGGCACCCUGCUAGGAGCUGUCCCGGGUUUUUAUAGCCCGGUACCCAGCUACUCCACCAGCCCGGUCUCGAGCUACUACGGGAGCCUCCAGCACCAACCACCGCUGGACCUUCCGGUUUGGCCGCGGAGGAUGCCGGCCGAGGAGGAACUGGGGGCCUCGCCGGCCGCCAGUCUGACCGGGCUGGGGGUGUCCCCGGGUGUCGGCGGGCCCCCGAGUCCGGCGCACAGCGACUCGGACGCGUCCAGCUCGAGCUUGGAACUGGGUACCAUCAGGACCGGCGAAAACGCUCAACUAAAAUGCAGAUGGCAAGACUGUGGCCGAUGGUUCACGUCCCUAGAGCAACUUGCAGGACACGUUGGGAGAUUGCACGCGGCGCCCGGUCCACGGGGUCUGUUUUAUUGCGGAUGGGAGGGAUGCGCGAGAGGCGAGCGUGGGUUUAACGCGAGGUACAAGAUGCUGGUCCAUGUACGAACACAUACGAACGAGAAGCCGCACCAUUGCUUCCAGUGCGACAAGAGCUUCAGCAGAGCUGAAAACCUGAAGAUCCACGCGCGCUCUCACACCGGCGAGCGUCCGUACGUCUGUCCCGUCGAGGGUUGCAAUAAGGCUUACUCGAAUUCUUCGGACAGAUUCAAGCAUACUAGAACUCACGCUGUAGAUAAGCCAUAUUACUGCAAGGUGCCGGGCUGCCCGAAGAGGUAUACCGAUCCGUCGUCCUUGAGGAAGCACGUUAAAACCUACCGCCACUACGUGAACAACAACGACAAGGUCCAGGAGAAGAGCUUCGACGACAGCAACGUUCAGGAGAAAAUGAGAUUUGACGUUAAUUCGCCCGACAAGCAGAGCAGUAGCGCGCAUUCCGAGUCGGACAAGAAGGACUCUAGUAUCGAGAGCAGCGUGUCGGGCUGCAGCCCGAAGACCAGCAACAGCUUCGAAGAGCAGAGAAACUUCGUCGAGUGGAACAACUUGUAUAAUCUUCAGGAACAGCGGAAGGAACAGGAGCAGGUUACCCCGCCGAAACCUACGUACGAGCAGGACGUGAAGAUCUAUCCGAGGAUGUACGAUGACAAUUACAUCAUACCGGACAGAAUUCAGGUGAAUCCCAUGUACGCCUCCGGUACCACCAUUAUCAAGGACUGCUCCGUAGCGUCGCCGCCUCAUACGAGUCCGGGUCGAGUGUCCGACACAAUGCCGCGCAUCGGGAUGCAGUCGACGCCCAUCAAGACCGAGGAGUCGAUGGAGUACACCAAGACCGCCACAGUGGACUACAGGAACAUCGAGUCGAUCGUCAACAGUACGCCCUGCAAAAAGGAGAGCACGGUUAGUUGCGAUCCAGUAAGACAUUCGGUGAUCAAGCGGGCGGAGGAUCUGAAGAUGGAGGUGGAGCAGAUGCCGCUCAAAGAGGAAUUGAAGGAUACCAGCGACGACUGCUGCUGCCGGCACAAGUGUUGCGUGCAUAGCAACGACAGCAUCCUGCAGAAGACCAAGAUCCUGUCGGAUCUCCUUAUUAAGGCGCAGAACCCGCUCUUCCGACAUCUAUUGAGCUCGGUGGAUUUGCACGGGCUAGAGAACAUGUGGAGCAACAUCGUGGAUACGAGUAACACAUGCGGCCAAGACCUCAGAGUAAAGAACGAGACCGUCACCGAGAUGGAGCAAGACCUGCCGUUGGACUUGACGAUUAACAAAUAACGAACAAAAUUGGCUGUCAACAUAUAAACCAAAAAGUAGUAGUCGUGUCAAUACGAAUUUUAUCUCAUCAUUUUUAACAAGAUCCAAAUCAAACAAAACGCUACGAAUCUUAAAUGCAGUCAAUCGAUAUGAUAAUUAACUGAACGACAAAGAAUAAUUAUAAUUUAUCAUGAAUGAAAAGUUUCAAUCGCAUUGCGAAACCAAAUAUAUUUUAAUACCUUAUAAUGUGAAAAAGAUGACGAGAUAGGAGCAAUCCAUGAUUGGACAAGAAUUUGCUCAAUCCAUAGCUAUUUAAAAAUGAUUGCACUAAUCGAAGGUAACCAUUAAUCAAAGGUAAUCGAAGCUUACCGGUGCAACUCGACAAUUUAAACAAUUUGAUCGAUUACUUGGAGACGAUGUUUCCACUUUCGAAUUGGCUACUAAAAUCGGAUAGCUGAAACAAUAAUGGAAGUUAAACUGAGAACUUAUUAUAAGACUGUAAAUAUAUCUGAAAAGUACGUACAGAAAUGUGAAAUAAUUGGCUUCUGCCCCGUAAUUUAUCUAUUAGAAUUGAAUUUCAAGAGUUAUAGUUUUUAUAAAGUAAGACGCUUAACAAUCAUAUCUCAGUACUCAAUGUAAACAAAACAUAUGUAUCAUAUGUAUAUAGAAAUUUAUAUGUAUGUAUAUGUAUGUGUGGCGAGUCAAUUGAUAAAUGAAGUAAUAUAGAGUAAAGUGCCCAGAGAACAUUAAGACAUCUUAUAGACCGUCUAAAAGACAUCCCUAAAAUUCCCGAGACGUCUUAUAAAAUUGUUAAAAAAGAAUCUUAUAACAUCUUUAAAACGUUUCAUAUUCCGAUGACGAUUAGAACGUUGUUUUAAAAUGUCUUUGAGAUGUCUUAUUUUCAUUUUUAGAUACAUUGCAAAGCAAACAUUAAUAAUACAAAAGUGC